GACCACCAUUGAAGGGCCAGGGUUAUCCAUGGAAGACGUAAAAUUGAAUUUGAAUAGCAUUUGUUUUGAUAAAGAUGAUCCAAAGUUGACUGAGGAAGUGCGAUGCUUUCACGGUUUGUUGCUCACUUUGAAAACUUCUUGGUCUGAUAAUAAUCCGGGUAGAAGAUUUUGGUCUUGCCCAUACUAUGGAUCACGAAAGUGUAAAUAUUUUCGAUGGAGGGAUGAUGUGGUUAAUGAACGCUAUAAGUUCGUCAUUCAUAAAUUGGUGAAGAAAAUGAAGGACAUGAAUGAACUAUUAGUUGCAAAUGAAAAGAAAAUAAAGGAGAUGGAAGAAAUCAAUAGCUUUAAUGAUAAACAAAUUACGGAGAUGGAAGCUCAAUCUGUCUUUACCCAGUUGGAAGAACAUUCUAGUCUGAAAGAGAUGGAUGGAGUGCUUUCAGACUGUGAAGAGGUAGACAAAUUGAUUGAGGUGAAGAAGAAAUGGAGUACCUACUUUAACCUUAAUAGAAUGUUCAUGGUGUGUCUCUUAAUCAUGUAUGCUGCUGUUUUGAUCAAAAUAGGUAGUUGAUGUUGCUGUUUGGAUCAUAAUAGGUAGUUGAAGGAUUUCAUGUUAUCGUAGGUUGUUGUUUGAAUCAAAAUAGCUAGUUGAAGAUUUCUUUUGGUUGAUGUAAGUUUCAAAGUGUUUAUGUUUGCUAGUAUGUAUGGAAGUCAAUGAAAUUGAUUUUGUGU